AUGAGCAACCUCCGGAACAUCCUCAACGAGGAUUCCUCGUCGACCCCGCCGUCCAAUGGCAGCCGCAACAGCUCGACGAGCUCCUCGCCCAUCGACGGCCAUUCCAGAGCCGGCGCCCAGAGCCCAGACUCGCGUGGCCUCGAGAGGAUGUCUCUCGACUUUGUUGCGCCUGGUAGCCGCUCAGCCCCACACAGAGCCAGCCAAAGCUCGUACCACCCUGCUGCCUACGCCCACUACGGCUAUGGCGCCGAGUACAGCCAUCAAGCGCUGCCCAUCCGUGGUGGUCACAAUGCCCAGCCCCAGUACCCGGCCGCUUACGCCGCUGCCGGUCUUCAGCACUCGCCGUGGACCUCUGUCAAUUCGGCCUCGGGUUACAGGCGGCCGAGCACGGCUGGGAGCACCAACUACUCGGAGAGUGAAUUCCACGACACGUCAGACCCCGACUCGCCCUCGGCCUACAACCAAGGCUCUCCAGGUGGCUCGUCCAGAAACGGCCGUGCCGAUCCUUCCCGUCGCGAGCCCCGCCAUACCUAUGGCGAGGAAGAGCGUGCUUUCAUCAUGGUGUGCGCCAUCUUGCGUGGCAUGACCUGGAAGGAGAUCGAGAAGGACUUCCGCGAACGGUUCCCUGCCGGCCAAAAGAGACGUCACCACGAGUCUGGUUUGUGGCCGACGUACCCUGACCAGGAACGAACGUCUGGUGGACUCACCUGCGCCUACUAUCGCAUCCGAGAGCAGUGGGGAAUCCCCAAGGUCCGUGGCGUGUCUGACGAACAGAAGCCCGAGGUCAAGGCCGUCGUCAAGAAGACCAUCCUCAACAUGCACGACUUCCCCGACCUUCAGCAAUACAUUCAAUAA